ACUGUGGAACUACGGCCUACGACACAUCCCACCAACUAUGCUGUCAAUUAACUGUUGUAGCCAAAACUUCACCAAAUGCAGAAUGCUGCGAUAAACAGGCGAUUAAUGGAACACAGUUGUGUUGCGGUCCGAAAAAUAGCAAGAAGAUCUGGAAGAAAGACUCCAGCGACAGCAAGUGCUGUGGACGUGACCAGUUCGACUCUAAGACUCAUUACUGCAACGAGAAUCUUACGAUACAACCCAUCACUCACUGUGGAACUACGGCCUACGACACAUCCCACCAACUAUGCUGUCAAUUAACUGUUGUAGCCAAAACUUCACCAAAUGCAGAAUGCUGCGAUAAACAGGCGAUUAAUGGAACACAGUUGUGUUGCGGUCCGAAAAAUAGCAAGAAGAUCUGGAAGAAAGACUCCAGCGACAGCAAGUGCUGUGGACGUGACCAGUUCGACUCUAAGACUCAUUACUGCAACGAGAAUCUUACGAUACAACCCAUCACUCACUGUGGAACUACGGCCUACGACACAUCCCACCAACUAUGCUGUCAAUUAACUGUUGUAGCCAAAACUUCACCAAAUGCAGAAUGCUGCGAUAAACGGGCUUAUGAUGACAACACACAGUUAUGUUGCGGUCCGGAAAAUAACAAGACGAUCUUGAUGAAAAACUCCAGCGACAACAAGUGCUGUGGACAUGACCAGUUCGACUCUAAGACUCAUUACUGCAACGAGAAUCUUACGAUACAACUCAUCAGUACGCAGCAACAGAGACCUGCACCUCAACCCAUCUGCACUGAGCCAGACACAAGAGUCUGUGGGUCGUCAUAUUACAAUACCAGGCACUUCAGCUGCUGUGAGAGAAACAAGGAAAAGUCUAAGGGGUGUUGCGCCACAGGUCAAGCUGCUGACGCCGCCCCCGCUGUGUAUAACACGCAUACACACGUCUGCUGCGAUGGCUGUUUAUCUGAGCGGAGGCCUCCGAUAGAUCUGUCUCAUGGCUCAACAGAACAACACUGCUGUGGGACGGGAGUCUAUUGGCCUCACACUGAGAUCUGCUGCGAUGGACACAGUCAUCAAAGAAAAGAAAACACUCACUGUUGCGGGGUAAAAGCGUACAACAUUAAAGACACACGGAUGAAGUGCUGCGCAGGGACAUUGUACAACCUGACUGAUGGACAUGAGGCGCAGUGCUGUGGAUCCCUUCUGCUAACCCCACCAAAUGUUUGCUGCUCGAGUGAGGACAUGGAGGUGCUCUACGCUGCCAAGACAGGAUUCGGAUGCUGUGAUCACAGCUACUACAACGCCACUCUGUGGUCGUGCUGUGCAGGGAAGCUGAGUCCAGUACACCAACCAGCACAGCAUCAGAUGAUUAAAGAAUCCAGACUUCUGUCAGUGAACAAUCUAAAUGAAGCAGAUCUUUGCGAAAAAAUGCAAAUCGGGACUGUGCAAAGUGUGUCCCCGCACAGCAUUGUGUUCAUCAACGUGCUGAAAAUCAAUGGAAGAGAUGCCACAGUGACAGCUCUGGCCUCGCCUCACAUCCUGAAAACACCUGAUCGCUGCAGCUCCCCUAAACUGACCUCUGGGAAAACCUACUUAUUCAACGAAGUUGAUGUCUUCACUGACUUCAACCAUGAAUCUAUUUCCCAGUUACUCCAUUUCAUUACAUCCAAGUGUAAGCGUCCUGUUACCACGUCCAGCUAAUCUGCUCUUGUACACAUGGGCAAGGUUAGACAAUUUACUUGAAAAAUGUUAUCAGUCACUCAUUACUUAUUAGUCAUUAAAAAAAUAUUAUUUUACUUUACUAAUAACUAAUAAGCAUCUUCUGUGAAAUGUGACACUGGUUUACCAUGCAGCAAACCUAUGAUUUCAGAAGUAUUUAAUGACUAUUAACAGCUGAUUUAGCCCUGGGCAGGACCAGUAUUAUCAAAUUAUCUAUGGGCUCCUACUGACCUUCUCUUUGUGCAUUAUGUAUGAAUUACCAAGUAAUAAUCACUUUGCGGUAAUUUAGCAAUUGACUGUAUUAACUGUAAUAGCUCCAUUUUUUUUACUUUAUAUGGCACUUUACCAAACUUUACCAACUUUGCAGUCCAAUUACCACAAACAAAUUGCCACUCAUUGAACCUGGAGACCUUCAGGCCCCACUCCAUAAGUACCGUCCACAUAGUGAAGCUGCAGGGUUCAUACUCCCUCCAGCUCUGAAUAAAACAUGGUGACUCCUGAAUGAAGUCUUACCAGACACU